AUGGCCAGCGGCGACCUCCUCCUCCGCGCCCACGCCGGCACCCCGGUCCUAGCGAGGGCCUUCGCCUGCCGCCUCCUAGUCCCGGCGAGGCGCCGCAGCGGACUCGUCUCGCCUCUGGCCGCUUCCAAGGUCGGCAUCGCCGACGUCGUUGGACGACGGGUCAGGUCGGGCGGCGCCGACCAGAAGAGGCGGCGCAGGGACGCAGAGGAGGGAUUCGGGUUCUCCGGGGUGGCCACGAGGAGGGAACUCGUCGAUGAGGAGGGGGAGGAGGAGGAGCAGGACAAGGAAGAUGAUGAGGCUCUCAAGUUGGGAGUGGAGAAUAAUGGUGGCGAGACGGGAGGUGUGGAUGGCUCCUACCUCAGUGAGACACGGUUUGAUCAAUGUGCUAUUUCCCCUUUAUCGAUGAAAGCCGUCAAAGAUGCUGGAUAUGAAAGGAUGACUGAGGUGCAGGAGGCAACUCUGCCCAUAAUUCUUCAAGGCAAGGAUGUUCUUGCAAAGGCAAAGACAGGAACUGGGAAAACAGUUGCAUUUUUGCUUCCAGCGAUUGAGGUUCUAUCCACUAUACCUCGUGAGCAGAAUCAGUUACGGCCACCUAUAAAUUUGCUGGUGAUGUGCCCUACUAGGGAGCUUGCAAACCAAGUGGCUGUUGAGGCCAGGAAGCUUCUCAGGUAUCAUCGCUCGUUAGGUGUGCAGGUUGUAAUUGGUGGCACAAGAUUAACUCAAGAACAACGAAGCAUGCAAGCUAACCCAUGUCAGAUUCUUGUUGCUACACCAGGAAGGCUGAAGGAUCAUCUCGAGAACACACCUGGGUUUUCUAGCAGGCUCAAGGGUGUGAAGGUUCUUGUUCUUGAUGAAGCUGAUCGCCUGUUGGAUAUGGGAUUUAGAAGAGAUAUUGAGAAAAUAAUUGCUUCAAUUCCUAGAGAACGACAAACACUGUUGUUUUCUGCUACUGUUCCAGAAGAGGUCCGCCAAAUCUCUCAUGUGGCAAUGAAGAAAGAUUAUAGGUUCGUUAACACUGUUAAAGAGGGUGAUGAGGAGACACAUGCACAGGUGAGCCAGAUGUACAUGGUUGCACCACUGGACUUGCAUUUUUCUAUCCUAUAUGAUGUAUUGAAGAAGCACGUCGCAGAAGAUGCAGACUACAAAGUUAUUAUAUUCUGUACUACUGCAAUGGUCACCAAACUUGUGGCUGAAGUUCUCUCCCAGCUGAAACUGAAUAUAAGAGAGAUCCAUUCCAGAAAGUCACAGUCUGCAAGAACUAAGGUCUCAGAUGAAUUCAGGAAAUCAAAAGGUUUGAUACUGGUCAGUUCGGACGUAUCUGCCCGCGGUGUUGACUAUCCUGAUGUCACUCUUGUAAUACAGGUUGGAAUUCCUGCAGAUAGAGAACAGUACAUACAUAGACUAGGCCGGACUGGACGGAAAGGCAAGGAAGGGCAAGGACUCCUACUAUUGGCACCUUGGGAAAAAUAUUUUCUUGGUACUGUUAAGGAUUUGUCAAUAGCAGAGUCUGCAGUACCGCCAGUUGAUUCUAGUGUUGAAACAGAAGUCAAAAACGCUGUCAGAAAAGUAGAGAUGAAGAGCAAAGAAUGUGCCUAUCAAGCAUGGUUAGGGUACUACAACUCAAACAAGACCAUUGGUCGAGAUAAGUCCAGACUUGCUCACCUUGCAGAAGAGUUCAGCCAAAGCAUGGGUCUGGCUGUUCCUCCAGCUAUACCUAAAAACAUUCUUCGCAAGAUGGGUCUUAACAAUGUCCCCGGGCUUCGUUCAUCAUAA